GGUGAAGUUAGAGUCAGUUAGGGAUAGGGAUAAAAAGAGGAUAUCCAGACCACGACCCAGUCUAGAUUCUAGAAUAGCUUCGAGGCUCUAGAUCUAGCCCAUAGACAUAAAUAAAUAUGAUCUAGCCCAAAUCAGUGCACAAUAAUCUCCCUUUGAAAAUACAGAUUUUGUUUUGUGUGAUGUCGGUUAAAAAUAGAAGUUUAUGGCAUAGAUAUUGUGUUAUAUAUAGAUCUAUAAUGAUGUCAAAAUUACCAGAUUCACGUCUUAGAGUUAGGGCUAAGAAAGUUAUCGAGAAGGAGAUCUGCAGAGUAGUAAGCAAUGCAAAAGUAAAAGUUCAGAAACAGGGCAAACACACUGAAAAAGGAUUAGAUGUAGCUUCGAAACAGACUGAACCAAAAACCACUCAAAAGAGAAACAACUCAAAUGAGAUAGUAGAACAGAAAAAAAGAAAACGCUCAUUGCAUUCCGAUGGUACUAAAUUAAAAUGUAAGGCUAGUGAUGUCUUACCAUAUAGGCCUACGUCUAAAACAUUGAAAAAAAAUGACUUACGACAUGAUUAUGUUAAAAAUGAAGUCAACAAAAAUCAGUCAAUAAUGGAACAGACCAUCACUGAGAAUAAGAGUAGUCAUAAUUUAUUGUAUAUUUUCAACACCCUCAGCAACAGAUUUAACUCUCACAGAAAUCCCAGUAAGGCAUUGUCAAUGUCGAAAUAUAUGCGAAAUCAAUUUGAAUUUUUUGGUCUCCAAGCUCCAGAAAGAAGAGCAUUAUAUAAAGAUCUGUGGGCAGAGGUAAAAAAGCUCAACUCUUCUGAAAUUCGAGCAUUGGUCAACCUUACAUGGCAGUCACCAGAAAGAGAGUUUCAGCUUUUUACCACUGAAAUACUUGAGAAGGAAAUGCUAAACAUUUUUGAAAAUGAGGCUGAAUUUUCUGCUUUAAAUACUUUAGAAUUUAUAAAGUCAUUUCUUGCUGGCAAUAAAAGUUGGUGGGAUACAGUGGACACACUGGCUGUUAAAGUUGUUGGUCCCUUGGUGAAACUCUGCCAAGAUGAGCUGCUUCCUGUUAUGGACAAAUGGAAUAUAGAUGACAAUUUCUGGCUUUGUAGAACAUCCAUCAUUUAUCAAAAUAGUUUUAAAGCCAGAACUGAUGAAGCUCGUCUUUUUAAAUACUGUUUGACUCAAGUGCACAGCAAAGAAUUUUUUAUUCAGAAAGCUAUUGGCUGGGCUCUAAGGGAAUACUACAAGAUUAAUCCCAUGAGUGUUACGGCAUUUGUGAAAGAGAAUAAAGACAGACUGUCUUCACUGAGCAUACGUGAAGCUCUGAAGCACAACAAAUGACAAUUAGUUUAAUAGAUUUUAUUUGUAUAUCAGUUAUAAGGAUAUUUUAUGUAAAUGAGAUUAUAAUACAUUUAUCUAUAUAAUACAUUUAUAUUUUUAAAAUAGUAUUUUAAAUACUUGUGUGUUAGAAUUGUUUUUUCUGAUGAUAAAUUACACAGUUGAAACUAUAGUGCCUAAUGCAAAUACCAAAUAAAGUUUAUGUGAGAUCCUAAUAGCAGAGAUAUUGACCGAACGUCUGUAUUUGAUAAGAAAAAGAAGAAAUUGAUAUCUGUUUAAUGUCACAAAGAUAAAGUGAACAAGACUAGUUCUUUGGCAUGCAGACCAAACAUUAUACUACUACAAAAAUAAUAAUAAAUAGUAACUUUAAAAAAUGUAAAAAAAACAAACAAUGCUUAUAUUUAAACAUACUACAAAGAAGAAAAAAACAAUUUUAUUUUCCCCUUUUAAGUCUUAAACUUUUGCAAUCAUUUUUGAACACUAUUGAUACUCAAACAGGGUAACAAUCAGAAAGAAGAUAUGUGACCCUAACAUUAAACUUAUGUGUGUCAACUUAGGCCUUACUGUUUGCCAAUACAAUUAUUGUUUACCACCCAUGAUUUAUCUCCCCUUAGCUUUGUACAUUUUCUAUAUUAAUCUAUAUGAAAACAAAAUUACUUAAUUACGACUAAUUGAUUAACUAUAGGUAGAUUUUUGACUGAUUCAUGUGUUGUCAUUAAGCCUGAGCUUGUAGAAGUGGUCUAAUAGUUGAUUGCUAAAAUCCAAACAUACAAGAAAUACUGUGAAAUACUUAAUAUAAGUGUUAGAAGUAAAAAGAAAUACAGAAUUUUGUUUGCUCUUGUUGGCUAGUGAUGGGCCUGAAGUUUGGGCUUGAGCCUAAGCUAGAUGUGGCAUGUUGUUGUUUUACCAGAUAAUGUUAAGACAUGUGGGCUCAUAUUGGCUAUACCAGUCUGUAUAAGAUGCUGUGAAAGGUUGUGCCCAAUAUUCUAAAACUAUAACAACCUACAUUAUCAGUGAAUCAUUGCUUGCUAAGUUAUUUCAUAUGUUUGAAUAGGUUUGCUUAAUUGUUCUUAAUGACCAAUCAUCAUAAAUUGUAAAUCCUUAAUUGCAUUAAAUGUUACAUUAAAUUUUUUUGUUGGCUAUCAUAUAAUUUGUUUGCUCUUAUGUAAAGUAAAUACACAAUUGUAAAACAAAUUUCCCGGGUUCAAAUCCUGGUUAAGACGUGGAUUUUUAAUUUUGGGCGCCUCCGAGUUCACCCAGCUCUAAUGGGUACCUGACAUUAGUUGGGUAAAAGUAAAGGCAGUUUGUCGUUGUGCUGGCCACAUGACACCCUUGUUAACUGUGGGCCACAGAAACAGAUGACCUUUACAUCAUCUGCCCUAUAGACCACAAUGAAUGAAAGGGGAACUUAUAUUUGAUCAGUGAUAUGAUACCAAUCAUCAGGAUAUCAUUCUUCAUGUACAUAUGUUGAUAUUAACCUGCUGUUCUUCCAAUACAUCUCAUUUCACAAUUGUUAAUUUAUAGCUUUAGCUUUAUAUUCUCAAUUUAGGUUUGAUUGAUGGAAAAGAGAUUUUUACAUGCAUAGCCUUUGUCUUUUUAUUCAAACAUCUAUUUUUCUUAAAUAGUAACUAAGUGCAGUUUUUGUUCAAUCUCAAUGGCCUCUGAAGUAUUCUGAUAGUAACUAUGUAAAGAAUGUUUUUUAUGUGAUUUGUCAUUUAUUUUUUUUUAAAUCUAUUACUGAAAAAAAAAUGGCAUUAAAAUGCUUUAACAGUGUUGUUUAUUUAAUGUCUAGAAAAUAAAUGGGAGCCUAAACUUAUUUUGAACUAUUGACCAGUUUAUUUUAUUACUUGACUUAAACAACUAGACUAGUAUUUAGUUAACAUAAAUAAAAUUUUUGACUGCAAAUCUUUUUUCAAGUUAAUAUAUCUAGCUUAUCUUAGUCCUUGCGUGACACCAGCCAAUUUAAAUAUUUAUAAAUGUUUGUGCAUUUAUAGAAAAUGCAACAGCAAUAAUAUAAUAAUAGAAUUUGGUGAUGAGUUUACGUAAGGGCUUUUCACUUGUUAAUUAUAUGAUUAAUCUCAUCUGUUUUGUUAUAUCCUAAUUUAGUUCUUUUUUACUAAUGGUGUCUUGUUAACUAAACAUAUUCACAAUCAAAGAAAAUGCAAUAAAAAUUUUAUAAUAAAC